UCCACCAAUGACCUUGAUAAGUUACGGAUAAUUUCAGCCCCUUCUAUUGAUAUAAUCUGAAUCUGACAUUGUACCAUUGAAUUACGUUCCACAUUUGAUUUGAAGGUUAUGUUCUCAAUUUGCGUUUUGUCUCGGUUUCGUCAGCCCUCACCACAUGGGUUUUUGAACUUUACUACUUCUACUUUUUUAAAAGACUGGAUAAGAAACCAAACAGCUCGAAAGCCGAAACGUUUUAAGUUGAAUAAGACCUUCACCGUCCUUGAGAAUGAAUUCGUGAAAGUGAGCCAACCUGAGCCUUUACCUUUAUCGCCACAUAACGCAAUGCUACACAACGGCAUUUGUGAUGCAGUUAACUCCCGUAUAUCAGAGAAAGCUUCUCAGUAUUUCGCUGUAAUAGCAUUAGCAGGAAAACAGUUUAAAGUAUCGAGCAAUGAUUUAAUUAUGGUUAAAACACCAUUCUUUGGAACUGAUGUUGGCGAUCACGUUCAACUGCAAAAGGUGCUACUUUUGGGUUCAUCAGAUUUUACCAUUAUCGGUCGACCUAUUUUACCUGUCCACCAGGUUUUUGUGGAAGCUGUGGUCAUUGAAAAGACCCUUGAACAUCCUAAAGUGUGGUAUCAAUUCCAUCGCCGCCGCAGACAUCAUAAACUUCGGGGCUGGAGCUUUCACGGCCUAGUAGAAGUCAUCAAGUGGAUAAAUGCUCACUUGCUUUAAUAAGUAAACGAAGAUAAUUUGUCUCCAUGUUAUAAUCCACAUUUCUACCGAUGAUCUACUGAAAGACUAUCACAAAACCAUCAUGUUUGACUUCAAAUAGUGCAAAAUUAAUCUACGUACUUCAGAUGUAAACUGAAGGUUCGAUUAGUGUAGUAAACAUUUUUUUUCGACCAGUGUACUUUAGAAUCCAUUGUAUUUACAAUAAUCCGCAAGUUUGUGGUGUAUUUUGAAGUAUGUUGACUGUCUGUGCAAUUAUGUCAGUGGAAUUUACAGGAACUGAUUCAAUUCAUCUUAUAACUUUAAUGUGUGAUACUGUCGUCUCUUACAGAGACUACAGCUACUUUAUCACAUUUCUGGUAUUUAGUCUCCG